AGAGGAAUGCAUUGUGCCAGCCCGGUGCGCUCUUCCUCCCUCGCAAAUGAAUGAUGGCUAAUGGUCCUUGCUCAUCCAAAUCUAACCCUUCUUGUGGGCGUGCGAGGUGCAUUUGCGAGCGGUAGCAAGGGCGCAGUGUGGGCGGCGAGGCGUGGGGCGGGCGCGGAGCCGCAGACGUGGCAACGGCGCGCGCUACGCAGCCAGAGAGCAGCGAGGGAUCGUAAUGGUGGGCGCGUGAGUUUGAACGCCCUCGGAAUGCCACACAAUAACCCUGAUAAAGAUGUGGGUGAGGGAGGCAAUACAGUGUUCAUUGAUGCAUCAGCCUUGGGAGAGCUGUCGAGCCAGCUGACACAGCAGGAUCUGGAGACUCUAGUUGGCUUCAACAUCCAGCCUGCAGACCUUGAGGCUCUCCAUGAAGCAACGGAAGCACAUGUUGUAGACACAAGUGGCGUGCUCAUAUCAGAUGGAGUGGCUGUGGGAAAUAUUGUGGAGGUGGCUGGAGGUGGAGUGGAUGAUCCACAACAGCUGGAUGCUCACACUCACCACCAAGCACACCACCAGCCGAUGGAAGUGGAUGCACUCUCGGAGCACACACAAGUUAUUGGUGACAUGGACAUGCUGCAGCAAGGAGGAGAGCUGAUUACUAUGACAGGGGAAGAGUUGUCAGCUGGUGGGGAGUCGGGUACUGCAGCCUUGCUAGCUUCUGCUUCUACAGGCGGAGAUACUACAACCCACCAGAUUGUCACAGAGACCCCACAGGUUAUCAAGAGCAGCCUUGGCCAGUUUGUGGUGCUUCAACAAAAUCAGAAUUCACUCUCUUUGGGUUCAAUGAACAACCGCAUCAUAACAUCUGGAGGACAAGUAGUGACAACUAUGUCUGGCCUUGGGAACAGCAACAGCAACAAACCAGUUGUAGUUAAUGCAGCACAGUUAGGUGGUGCUCUUAGACAACAGAUAGUGGUGACACAGCCAGCUACUGUCCCACAGCAAGUCCGCGCCGUCCAGGUCAAACAGCCUCAGCAGACGCAGUCACACAAUAGUGGAACUGUUACUAAGGUGAUCAUCACAAGUCAGGCUGGAGGCAGCUUGGGCAGCCUCGGAGGACAGCAGGUCCGCCUUGUCACCAGUCAAAGUGGCACAGGUGGAAGCACCCAGAUGGUGCCAUCUCCCACCAAAUUUACACUCCAGCAAGCACAACAAAUGGGACUCAUUUCACCUUCAAAAACAGUGAGCCAGUCUCCAAACAAGAUUGUUGUCCAGCGUGUCAAUAUGGGGAGUUCUUCUCCCCUGAAAUCCCCAAGUAAGUUGGUGAUACCUGUCUCCAUGGCCAUGAAGUCUCCCACCAAAAUCGCCCCUGCUCCUCCCUCCGGACAACAGCAGCAGAUUAUAACACACCAGAUUAGCAGUGGGGGAGCAGUCCGCAAUAUUUUGUCCAGUCCACAGAAAAUUGUAAUCAAGAGCAAUGUUCCUCAGCCUGGCCAGGGAUCAGUAAGCACUGUCAGAGCAGGGCAGAUUGUGACCUCUGGAGGACAGCAGGUCAUCAAGAUUCCUGCCAGCCAGGUGCAACAACUAACAGCUCAGCCACAGAAUGUACAGAUGUUUUCAAAUCGGAUGAACUAUGUGAGAUUAGUGAGUCCAGGAGUGGGUGGAGGGGGCAGUGGAGGAGGGGGAGGGGGAGCAACACUCAUCCGACCAACACCACCCACCAACAAGCCCAUUGCCCCAGCUGCAUCUCAGCCUAUUAAGAUAAAAGCAAUGCCUAUUGCACCAAGUCAACAGCCCAGUAAACAGCGGGUGAUCAUCCCAGUGUCUGGUUCUGUGCCAACUGCCAGUGUUGGUGGUAGUGUUCCCAUACGUCCUCAGACAGCAAGUCUUACCUUGCCGGCCUCAGCUCUUCCCCCUGGAGUCCUCUCCAACACCCAGCCUGGCUCUGUGGUCAUGAUUCCAGCCCAUUACAUGUCUCAGCUACAGUCAAAUACAACAAAUAGUGCAACAGUCCAGAUGUCAAGCCAGCCAGCCCCGGGUACAAUAAUUCCACCCCCAAAGCCACAACCUCCACGAACAGUAAUAGAUGCAAAUGGAAUUAGACCGAGAAAGCCAUGUAACUGUACAAAGAGCCAGUGUCUUAAACUUUACUGUGAUUGUUUUGCAAAUGGUGAGUUUUGCAAUAACUGCAACUGUGCAAAUUGUUUCAACAACUUAGCUCAUGAAGAAGACAGACAAAAAGCAAUCAAGGCUUGUCUUGAUCGAAACCCUCAAGCUUUCCGACCUAAAAUUGGAAAAGGAGGCAGUGAUAAUGAACGAAGACACAACAAAGGGUGUAACUGCAAGCGUUCGGGAUGCCUCAAAAAUUACUGUGAAUGUUACGAGGCCAAAAUUCCCUGUUCUAAUAUUUGUAAAUGUGUUGGUUGUAAAAAUGUUGACGUGAACCCUGGUGUAGAAAGAAAGGGCCUAAUGCAGUUAGCUGAAUGCGCAGAGGCAAGAGUAAACCAGCAGAAUGCUGUCAAAUCCAAACUUCCUUCCUUCUCUCAUCACUCUCCUACCAAGAUGCUCUUCCCAACAUCAUCAAAGUCUGGCUACUGUCGCAUGAAUCAGGAAGUCGUUGAAGCCACAUGCCAGUGUCUGCUGGCACAGGCAGACAAGGCAGAGAGUGCAUCAGUGUCCACUGCACAGUUAGAGCAAACUGUGAUCUCUGAGUUUUCCAGAUGCUUAAUGCAAAUUAUUGGCAGCUAUACUUCACGGUCUAGAGGUCUGGGAGACACGUAGCAUGAUAGCAGAUAGAUGGUUGUAGUAUAAUAUGAGGUAUCAAGUCAUGUAAAUAGAUUUAUAUUAAAGAAUGUUAUAUUUUCUAGAUUCUGCAACUGGCAGAGGAAGUGCUUCACAUAUACAUGAGUCUGUUGGUGUGUUGCUCUCAUUCAGAGUUUUAAUAUGGGGAAGAAAAAAAAAUCAAAUACUCAUGUUGAAAGGCUUAUCAAUGCUUGUUUAUCCUCAUCUCUCUCUUGUUGUUAGUUACGUAACCUGUUCUCAAGUUUUUAUCACAUUUGUUAUGACCAACUUCCUUACUCCUUCUGCUUGUUUUUUUGUUUUUCUUUGUUUUUUUCCUUUUCCCCUUUUGAUGUGACUCCGUGGCUAUUUAUGUUUUCCAUAUCUUGGAUGUUCUCUUGCGGUAUUCUCAAGUGCAUUUGUUUCCUCACCUCCCCCCCCCCAUCUUUUUUUUUUCUUUCUUUCUUUCUUCCUUUUUCCUUGUGUUUUUUAUCCAGUGUUCACUGCAUGUGUGCAGCAUAUAGUGGAAUACAGCCUUUUGUCCAGUGUGAGAGUGAUCCUUAUAGAGUGUCGACCACAGAAUGUCAUCAUAUUAAUCAUUUCCAUAUCAUUAUUGUUGACAUUUUCAUGAGCAUCAUUAAUCUUUAGUCACUGUUGUUAUUCUAGUAGUUGGAUUUAUUGCAGUCAGUUAUUAUUAUUAUUAUUUCAUUUCUAAUAUCUCAUUAUAGUAAUUGUUAUUAUUAUUGAUGAUGAUGAUGAUAAUUAUUAUUAUUAUUAUUAUUAUUAUUAUCAUUAUUAUUAUUAUUAUUUCAUUACUAAUAUCUUGAUAUUGUAAUUAUUAUUAUCAAUAUUAUUAUCAUUAUUAUUGUGAUUGUUGAUAAUUAUUUAUUACUAUUGAUGAUUAUGUAUUAUUAAUAUUAUUAGUAUUACAAUUAUCAUUAUAAAAAAAACAUCCAUGAUUAGUUUAUUGAUAGUGAUAGUUUAAAUGUUUAAUUUUUUUUAUUAUUAAUAGAAACUGUCAGCCAUUAUCAUUACAAUUCUGAUUAUUAUCAUUGUUUUUGUCAUCUGUAUGUUAUUUUUUUUUAUGACCAUUCCUUUUGUAUUCUAUUUUUUUCUCUAUUUAUUUACAUGAUGCUCUGAUUAUCUUCUUCACAGUCAUUAUAUUGAAUUUCAUUAUCAUUGUCUUUACUAUAUUCAUUUCAUCUGUUCGUGUAAACUAUCCAUCUCUGAUAUAACAUUCGGUAUUAUUUUUAUCAAGAUAAUUGUUUUCUAUGAAUCCUGGCCAAGAUUUAGGCGCAAGUAUGCAAUUUUAGAUUAUUUUAUUAUUUAUUUAUGGAACAGUGAGAAUUAGAGUUAUUAGUUUAAAGUUCUGGCCAGUUUCUUUUUUGAUUCUUUGUGCCAGACUGUAAAUUAAACUUGAGAAAAUUA